GAGAAGGGCUGCACGUCAGGGGCUUGUUCUUGCAAAGCCAAACCACAAGGCAGCCUUGCAAAAGGAGGCAGUUCCGCCAUGCCCAGCUCAGCACUGCUGUGUUGCCUGGUCUUACUGGCUGGGGUCAGGGCCAGCCAAGGCAUGGACACCCAGUCUAAGGACUCCUGCACCCGCUUCCCAGCCGGCCUGCCCCACAUGCUCCAAGAGCUCCGAGCUGCCUUUGGCAGAGUGAAGACUUUCUUUCAAACAAAGGAUCCACUGGACAACACGCUGCUGAGCCAGUCUUUGCUGGAGGACUUUAAGGGUUACCUGGGCUGCCAAGCCUUGUCGGAGAUGAUCCAGUUCUACCUGGUGGAGGUGAUGCCCAAGGCGGAGAAUCACGACCCAGACAUCAAGCAGCACGUGAACUCCCUGGGGGAAAAGCUCAAGACUCUCAGGCUGCAGCUGCGGCGCUGUCACCGGUUCCUUCCCUGUGAAAAUAAAAGCAGAGCGGUGGAGCAGGUGAAGGACGCCUUCAGCAAGCUCCAGGAGAAAGGUGUCUACAAAGCCAUGAGUGAGUUUGACAUCUUCAUCAACUACAUCGAAGCCUACAUGACAGAGAAGGCAGCAGACUAAAGCACUGAGGAUGGUGCCUCUGUUGGACUCGGAGUGAUAAAUUGGAGAUCUCCGAAAGCCAGUCCAGGGUUCUGGGCCACCUGGACCAGCUCCUUGGAGAACCCCACUGUCCCUCUCUCCUACAAUAUUUAUUACCCAUUCUUAUUUAUUUACUGAGCUUCUUUGUGAACUCUUUAGAAAGAAGCCCAAUAUUAUAAUUGGUUCAGUAUUUAUUAUUUUCACCUGUCUUAAGCUUCCCUAGGGUAACACACUAUGGUAUUUGAGUGUUUUGUGGACAUUUGUAAUUUAUAUAAGGAAAAAGAUGUUCCUGGGGGGCGCCAAUGAAAGCUUCCAUUCCAAGCAGGACCACGUUGUUUUCUAGCUGUUGAGCUUUUUUCCAUGGCCUCCCUCUGGUUUCUCUUACGCCCCGCCCGUCUUGGGGCUCUGGGAGCCCUGCAGAGACUCGCCCCCUCUUAGGCAGAGAAACCAGGGAGCUCUCUUGAUAACUAGCUUUCCAGCAGCUCAGAGGGACUCCUCUGACCUCACCCUCCAGCCGCUCCGUUUUGAAAGCUGUGGCUUGCGUGUUAUUUAUAAUGGCCGUAAGUUGGUUCUAAUAGAACUCAGUUUUAACGAGAAGUAAUCCAAUUCCUCUGGGAAUGUUGUAUUAUUUGUCUGUCUUCAUAGCAGAUUUUAAUUUUGAAAAAAAUAAAUGG